AUGGCAGCAAUCGAGACUGAUACCGGCUCCAAAAUCGCUGGCAAAGAUAAAAUCAGUACAGAGACUCAAGACGUUGAGAAAGCUGGCUCAACGCUCUCGUGUUCACGAGCAACAACGGAAGAUGUCCCUCGCGCGAAAAUGAUACGCGACAAGGUUGCUGUGCUGCGACAUCUGGGCAACUUGGAAGCAUGGCUAGACCAAAGAAUCGGCGUCGAGACUCAGGGCAUUGACCGCAUUCCUGAGGACAAGAAAAACGCCCCGUCUUUGUUGAACGCAUUCUUGAUGUGGUUCUCUUUCAACGGCCAUGUAGCUACCCUACCCGUGGGUCUGCUUGGUCCAGAAUUUGGCUUGUCCCUGCAACUGUCCGUCGUUGCCAUCGUCGUCGGAACCCUACUGGGAUCCUUCUUCCCAGCAUACUGUGCGACACUGGGACCCAAGCUCGGUCUCCGCGCCAUUGCAACCUCCCGGUACUCGUUCGGUUUCUGGGGCGCCAAGGUCUGUGCUGUUAUCAACAUUGUGGUUAACGUAGGAUUUGCCGUUGUGUCGUUGGUGCUGGCGGGACAAUUGCUGUCUGCUGUCUCGGACUACAAGAUGACCAUCGACGUGGGAUGUGUCAUUGUCUCUCUAGUCUCGUACCUGAUCUCAUUUGCCGGCUUUGGCAUGAUCCAUACAUUCGAGAAAUAUAUGUGGAUACUGGCGUUCAUCCUCGAAUGUGUGCUUGUUGGCCAAGCUGCGCCUCACAUUGCGACUGACACCCCUUCUUCUUGGUCAGGUCUGGAACUAUCGGCGGCGUUCCUGACAUUCAUGGCCAUUAGCUUCGCAUACGCAGCCGCGUGGGCUUCGACGACAUCGGACUAUUAUUGCAACUAUCUCUCCACGACACCACGCUGGAAGAUAUUCACCCUGACAUAUGCCGGCUUGUCCAUCUCGACCAUUUUCACUCUCACUAUUGGUGCCUGUGUUGGUAAUGCAGUUUUCACUUACGCGCCAUGGACGGACGCAUACGACGCACACGGCCUGGGUGGUGCCAUGGGAGAAAUGUACCAUCCUAACGCAUGGUCCAAGUUUGCGCUGGUCAUGUCAACCUUCACCGUCCUUGGAACACUUGUCGCGAGCAAUUACUCAGCAGGAUUGGCAGCGCAAUUGGUCGGUGACUAUUUUCAUGCAGUGCCGAGGUUGAUUUGGUCCUUUCUCGCUAUGGUGGUUGCCUUGGUUCUCGCUGUUGCCGGACAUGAUUACCUGUCAACAAUUCUGAGCAACUUUUGCAGCAUGCUGGGAUAUUGGAGCGUUUGCUUCGCUGUGAUCCUCUUCCUCGAAGACCAAUGGUUCCGUCGCAAAGACGGAUAUGAUCUCCAUGCGUGGGACGAUCCCAAGGCCCUUCCAAUGGGCAUCGCAGCAGUCGGGACCCUGGUCAUUGGGUACUGUGUAGGUGGUGUUCUAGGCAUGGAUCAAACAUGGUUUGUUGGACCUAUUGCGAAAGCAUUCGGCGGAAUUGGUGGAGAUGUGGGAAUCUACCUCUGCUUUGUUAUCUCUAUCAUCGUGUAUUGGCCUUUGAGGACCUUAGAAAAGAGCAUGGUCAAGAGAUGA